AUGGCCUCUUCAAUUGCUCGGCUUGCGGCGAGGCGGCUGGCCGGCCUGCCGGCGAGCCCGGCUGAGGUGGUAUGGCGGCGGGCGAUGGGAACCAAGGUGCUGGAGGAGCAAGAGCACGCCGUUGAAAACGUCUACUUCCAGAGAGUUGAGCACGAGAAGCUCGAGAAACUCAAGGCUCAACUGGAGGCUCACAAAGAGGAGGCCGCAGCUCAUGCAGCAUCAGCGCAUGAGGCUCUCAAGGCGGCUAAGGAGGCUCAGAAGGCUGCCGAGUCUGCCAAGCCAGCUUCGGACGGAGGCUCGGGCAGCACCAUGUCGUUUGCUGCGGGCACUGUUGUUGGUGGUCUGCUGGUGUGGCUGCUCAAGCCCUGA